AUGAACCAGGAGAGUGACCUAACCUGGCGCGAUGCGUCGGCAUCGAGGUGGGCGGCGCUAGUCAACCAGGAUUUUCCUCUACAUCCAGUUCUCUGGAACUGGAGCACAGCACUCACGCCUUUUGAGCGCUCCAGCGAGGCUUGUAGGCAGUUUAAUUAUUUGAGGGAGGAAACUAUGCGUGACCCGCGGGAUCUAAUUACGUAUCCACGAUACGGGGACGAUGGAAAGCCGAUUGACUUCCAUUUCCUCGAGAACUAUCAUACUAAGGUGAUAGAUCACCCGGAGAUUUACGUGCCCCUUGAAUAUGAACCGGUUGUGUGGCCGCAUAUCGUGGUACGGCUCGAGGAGAUGUACCAUGCUAUGCUGAAGAUCAAUCCAGGUGAUCAGGAGGGUGUCCAGAAGUUCUUUGGGUUCUUCGCGCGGCCGUAUGUGCAGCUACAGGAGUAUUGGAUCUUGAUCAACGAUAAGGAGACUAGUCUAUUCGAUUCUCGUCGUAGUGAAGCGAUAUUGAGGAAUGCCGAUUUGCCUAAAGAGACGGAUGAUAACUUUGCUGAUAGGAGGCUCUUGGAAUCGGCUGUUAGCUCCGGUAUCAAGGGUAAGACUGUAGCUGAUCUAGUUGCUGUUGACGAUCUGAGCGUGUUGCAUGAUCGCGAUAGAUGUCGACUUCGCACUGUCGCUGGGUAUCUGAUUAUGUGGGGUUAUGAUAGCCCAGUGCUACCCCGUGUUGUGAGAUGGGCUGGACCUCAGGAGGGGAUGCAUGAUGAGCCGCCUACUAUAUUUGAGGUGUUGGAUAGGAUGAACGAAGCGGAUAUAUGA